AUGAGUGAUCAAGGGGAUAGUAAGUCUCCAUCGGGAUGGAAAGCCUUUCUGAACUCCAUAACAAUAGAGCCUAUGAUUUUCAUCAAUGUACUUGGGGGAGUGAUUGUUGCUGGUGCAGCUCUGAAUACAAAUCUUCUGAUACGCAAAAUAUGCGUCUUUGACCUUCACUUCAACGAGACCGUGUGUGAUCACUUGGACCUACCCGAGAAUGACGAUUACGAGAAUGAGGUCCAACUGCAAGUGAACAAUUUUCAAAUGAUUGGCCAAUGGAUUGGAGCCAUACCAGCCUUGAUAUUGGCCCUAUUUGCCGGAGGGCUUUCAGAUGACAUUGGAAGAAAACCAUUGCUAAUUGUGCCCUUGGUGGGAGCAACACUAACUUCUCUGCUAGAAAUUCUAAAUUUGGUUUUCAUUGAUGUAUUCCCAACUCAAUUUUUUUAUGUCGAGCAAUUGUACAGCUUCUUUGGUGGCAUGUCCGUCUUCUACAUGGGGUUCUAUGGGUAUGGAAGCAGUGCAAGCAAUCCCCAGGACAGAACAACCCGUUUGGCCCGAUUUGACGGAGUGGAGCAAGCUGGAGGUUUAAUUGGCACACUUUUAUCUCCUGUGUUGUUCUCGGCUAUUGGAUACCUGGGUUGUUACAGCAUCAGAGCCGUACUUCGUUUCCUAGCUUUGGUUUAUGUGAUUUUCAUUGCCAAGGAGCCGCAUCAACGAAAAGGAAAGCUCUUUAAGACCACUAAACAGACCCCUGAUGGUUCCAGGAGCAUGUCUUACUUAGAAGUGUUCUGGGAAGGUAUCAUGUCAAUAUUCAUCCGACCAAUUAUUGGAAUGAUCCAAACAGUUGUGCGGGAUCGUCCCAAAUGGCUGAGACUGCUUCUCUGGAUGCAGUUGUUCAUUUAUGGCAUUUAUUGGUUUAUUGCAGAAGAAAACGCCCUCAUCUAUUUGUAUGCCAUCAAAAUUAUUCCCAAUUAUGACGGCACCGUGCAUUCAUAUCAUCAAAUCAUGUUGCAAAUUGUGGGAAUGGUGAUUUUGCUGUUCGUUAUGCCCAUUAUUUGCCUGAAGGCACAACUUCACGAAGGGUUGAUCCUGGUGGGAAUAAACUUUUUGGUCGCUUUGGGCACACUGGCAAGUGCCUUUGCCAACAAUAUUUGGCAGUUUUUUGUCUGUCAAGCUCUGUUGGGUGUAAGAAUAUGCCAGUAUUCCACUGCCAGAUCCUUAAUGACAAAGUGUAUCAAUUCUGACGAAGUGGGCAAACUUUACUCGUUUAUCGCUGUUUUGGUCGCCAUCAUGCCGAUUCUGAGCAACCCUGCUUUUCGGCAGUUAUACAACGCCACUUUGAAGACCUUCCCAUCAGCUUUCCUACUUCUUGGAGCUAGUUUAAACGUUUUGCUGAUCUUCCUUAAUUUCUCUGUUUAUUCCGGAAGAAAGUACAUGUUGGUUGAUCGAAAGGGUGCAGUUCUUCGAACUAUGCUAGAUUAUGAUUUGGCCAAUGUUGAAUUGAAACAAAUAAAGAAAUGA